AUGGCGGCGCCGGUACCGGAGGGCUCACCUCUGAAGGUCGCAGAUGAGGCUACAAGUCAGGCUAUGCAGUUUGGUAAAAAGUCAUUUGUAAAAGCGGUUCAACAGAAACAUGUUCUGAUGAGCCACGACGUUAAAGUUGAAGAUGUAGACGGUACUCAGACGGUAGAGAUACCUGAUGAUCUUCUCGUCAAUACAGUUCCCUUGUGGGAGGAUUUUCUUGAAGGAAGGUUCCUGGAUCCUGCUCCUCACGUGGCUAAGAUCCAUAUUCUUGUUAACAAGAUAUGGCCUCUAGGAAAUAAAAAUGUUAAGAUCGAUGUGUAUGCCGUGAACGAAAGAACGGUGAAGUUCAGGAUCUGUGAUCAGCAAACUAGGAUCCGUGUCCUGCGGCGUGGAGUGUGGAAUAUUGCGGGCAUCCCGAUGAUACUCUCUAAAUGGGCUCCACUGACAGAAAAAGAGAAUGAAGAAACUGAGGUGAAGAUUGUACCCAUGUGGGUUACAAUGAAAAACGUUCCAUAUAGCAUGUAUUCUUGGAAGGGACUUGGCUUUAUAGCCAGCUCUAUCGGGAAACCGGUGAGAUUACAUCCAGAAACAGAGUUAUGUUCAAACUUCGAGGAGGCCAAGGUGUUUGUGAAUGCGAACAUGACAAAACCACUGCCAUCAGGUUAUCGGUUCCGUUCCAAGUCUGGGAUUAAUGCUGAUGUAAAGUUCACCUAUCCUUGGAAUCCUAUUAAGUGCUCUCUUUGCGCGAAAUGGGGACAUAAGGACAAAGAAUGCAGCAAAAAAAUAAUGAAUGAAACAGAGGAAGGAACUGAACAGGGUAAGGAAAGGGAACCUCAAAGGGAGAAAACAGUUGAGAGAUUGUGCCGUCCUAAGGUGGUGGAGGAGGUAGAGACAAUUUCUGAGGCUGUCACGGGAAGAGAAGUUGAAAAACAAAUAGAUAAAUCAGUGGAAGAUGAGGAACCUACUGUGGGAAAAAGUGGAAGCUGCGAACUGCAAGGUGGUUUACGUGACAAAGCAAACUAUGAGGUUGACGUAAGCAUGGAGACAGAGAAAGACUGGUCGAAUGUUUCGCCAGGCAAAGUUGGAAGAUCAGUAGAGAAGCAUGAUGCUCAAACAGUAAUCUCUCCAUCCCGGUUUCAACUAUUAGCAGAAGCAGAUGAUGAUGAUGAUGAUGCGCAAAGCACAACUCAGGAAUCAGUGGUGAAAGAUGGAAAUUUAUCUACAGGUAACCUAGUGGAUGAUGCAGAGGAGGGAGAAAUUCUGCAACACGAUGGUGAGAACCUGCAACCAAAAAAGGACGGGAAGGUUUCAAAGCCAGCCCGACCAGCGAGAGUAACACUUCGUGUAAGCUCUCAGUCUGCUGUGUCUAGGAAUAUCAAACCU